AUGGUCCCCGCCAAAGCUCCCACUCCCGAACCGCUCGAGUCUCCCGAGCCACAAUCACCUCCCCGGAGUGCCCCACGCGAGACCCUUCCGUCUGAACAACCGCAGCCACAACCAUCGACGAGCACACCUAACGCGACCAACGGAGAACCCGGGCCCGAAAUCGCUCGCAAUGGGGACAUGGUCGACUCGGGCGACGACGGCUCGAGCAGCCUCAGCGAGCCCGAGGAAAGCAUCGAGGAUCGAGAUGAGGCUGCUCUGAGGACACGCGCAUCGCCGGACGUCGAAGACAACGACUCGGAAGCCGAGACGGAGCGGUUAGAGGGCUCACCGCCCGAGCUGUCGCGCACAGCUACAGACGUCACGGUUGGUGGUGAAGGAGACGCCGGUCGGAGCCCGAGUAAGUUAGCGAGGGCCACGACGGCGGAACACAACAAUGAAGCUGCAGCUCCCGCGCAUUCGGCGACCGUGUCGGAGCUGAGCGACAACGACGACGACGACGUCCUCCUACCCGAUGCCAAGCCCGACGCAGAAGCCGAUCGGGAAGACUCGCCCAAUGGAGAGCGAAAGCGCAAGCGGUCGAGCAGCGCGCUCAGCUCAAUCGACGAUGAAAUGGACAUCGACCAGCCAGCGCGCAAGCGCAGCAACUCGUCGAGGCAUUACGAUGUGAACGGAGAUGAUGCCGAAGCAAAGGACGGGGGCGAGCAUGCAGCCGAGGAUGAGGAGCAACCUCCGAAGGAAGCAGACACACACGCCGAAGAGGAGGACACGGCCGAGCCAGCAAGCGAGGCCCCCGCCGUAAAUAAAAGGUCCAAGAGUAAGAAAGGCCAAAAGAAGGGAAAAAGGACAAGGGCGAACACCGAUGUUGAGGAGGCUGCUGCGACACCAGUGGAAGCAGAGGAGGAAGAGACUGGCGAUGUGGAGAUGGAUGCCGAGGAGGCUGGUGUCAUCGAAGAAGAGCGUGAUCGCAAGCACAAUGCGUUGGAAGCUCUCAACAAGAUUGAAAAGCAGUUUUUGACCUUCCAGAAAAGGCAAGAGCAGCUGGAAAAGCUCUCGACGGAACUGGUGCAACUGAAGCAGCCGGACUCGACCCAUCCCGACUACUUGCUGAUGCUGCAAGCCGUUGACAAGCGUCGGGACGAGAAGAUACGGCAAGAGAGUGUCAAGCUGGACCUUGCAAGAGGCAUUGCGAGAAAGCAGUUUGUGGCGAUGCGUGGCACCAUUGUGAACCAGUGGAGAAAUGACAUUUCCGAGCUGCGCAUGGAUUACCUUACGAGGUGCAACCAACGCAUCACCCAGCUGCAGAGGGAGAGGCGGUACUGGGGCCAGAACGAAGCCGACUACACCAUCAAGUUCAACCCGAAGCGGCCGCAACAGAUUCAGCAACAGUCAGCCUACAACCUCGAAGUCUCCGUCUUGGCCGGUGUGGCGAAAUAUGUUGGAUUUCCGGCAGCGCCGGACCUUUCAAGUGCACGCCCCGCCGAAAUGGACCAGGAUCUUGCCGCCAUGGGCAUACCACAUCGUCCAACGGCGCCGCCAGCCGCGCGUCCCGCGCCUUUGCCCGAAUCCUCACGCGGCGAACGCGCCGCCGAAGAGCAGUUUUACGAGCAAAACGCAUGGGCAAACCCGCAGCAUCCCGCUCACCACCACACCCACUACCACCCGAUGGCCACGGCACCGCAACCGCGAGUGGCGACGAGCAAUCCCUUUGCGACGCCCGCUGCGCAAAGGAGCCAAGUCGACCUCAGCCAGCCCAACGGCUCGGCCUCGACUAUCGACAUGCAGUCGAAUCCGCCGUCCGGCCACCACACGCAGCAGCAGCGCGAUAUGUACGAGUCCCCGGUCAUGCAGCUGAAGCAGGCUCUCCAGCGCUCCGAGCCAGACACUACGGCUUGCUAG